AUGAUGAGAAGACUAUCCAAUAGAAGUGAAGCUGCUAUUAAUGUUACUGAAAAUGGAAAUAUUGUGAAAAAAAUCCAAAAAUCACGACAAAGACGAAUUUUAUCAUGUAUGCAUUGUCAUUCAAAGAAAAUCAAAUGUUCAAGAAGUAAUCCUUGUGAGAAUUGUAUUAAAUUAGAGAUUGAGUGUAAAUAUUUUAUUAAUGAACGUCAAUCUAGAGGUGGUAAACAACUGAGUAGAUUAACUGAAGAUGAGAAAAAAAUGAGAGGUAUUACUUUAGAAUCAAGCAAUGAUGAAAGUGAUAGUUCAAUAAAUAUUACAAGUUCAGUAGCUACAAGUUUAGAAGAAGAUGAAAAUGGAAAGAAAUCAAUAGAACAACCACAUCCACAUCCUGGCACGGCUUCCAUACCUUUUAAUUUAGAAUCUAAUGAUUUAACAUCAACUACUACAUUAAUGCAAAGUCCAAUAGUGAAUAAUUUUACAAAUAAUAUAACAAAUAGUUAUUUUAGUGGUAAUUUUACAAAUCCACAACCACAACCACAACCACAACCUCACCCUCAAUCAACAACAUCAUCAACUCCACAACUACAAAAUGAGGAUACAAUACUGUUUGGUUUGAGUUCAUUUGCAUUAGCUAAUCAAGAUAUGAUAUUUAAUAACAUGUUACAAAAUCACAAUUCAAUAGAAAGAAAUUACAAUAGUCCAACCAAUAAUAUUUAUUUGUUCAAUGCUGCUUCAACUACCGAAAACACCAACAAUAACAUACUAGAAGAUCUAUCAAAACAUCUACCACCAAAUAAAGAACGUUCAUUUGAAUUAAUUGAACGAUAUCUUAAUUCUGUUCAUUUAUUACUUCCAAUAAUACCAAACAUGAAAGAUUUUUUAAUCGAACAUGAAACAUUUUGGAAUUUAGAAUCAUUUCACUCUCCCAAUUUCAACCAUCUACAAUUUUUCACAUUAUAUUUUCCUAUAUUAUAUGCAGCUACAAUUUCAGAAUUUGAAGAGUUUGAUAAUCUUUUGUUGAAUCAAGAUAUCGAUAAAUAUCUCCAAGCAAGUCACAAAAUCAAUAAAUUUUACAACUAUCCUCAUGGAAAUAAACUGAUUUCAUUAUUAUUAGCUAAUGUGCUUAUUGAAUCAUUAUCACCCAAUCCGUCAACAAUCAUCAUGUCUCAAAUUAUUCGAUAUGCAAAAUUUUUACACUUACAUAAAGAUCCAUUAUUGACUUUACGUAUUCAAGAUUGGGAAAUUAUAAAUUUUAGAAGAUUAUUAUGGUGGAUUAUAUUCGGAUUAGAUGCAUUAAGUAGUCAUAACUUUUGCUUGCCUCCAAAUUGUCGAAUUGAUGAUUUUAAUGUUUUACUUCCAGAUGAGUCUGAAAUGGUUAAUAAUGUUAAAAAAUUAAAGUUGAGUAUCUUAUCAUGUAAUAUUAAAUUUAGAUUUGAUAGAAUUUUAUCGGAGUUGGUUUAUUAUUUACAUAAUGGAUUGAAUUCAAACAUAAAUAAUGAUCAAAUAAAUGAAAUAAAGGGCAUGAUUCUAGAAUAUUAUAAUAGUAUCCAUGUGAGUAUAAAUAAAAUGAAUCAAUAUUAUAGACUGAAUCUACCUACGACUGUUCAAGAAAUGAAUUUGAUUAGUUUUGUAACUAAUCAUUGUUGGACUUUUGUUGAUCGGGCAUUAAUGUUACUACAUAAAAAGAUACUACUUAAUGAUAACCAUGAAGAAACAACUCAGAUACAAAUGAUAAAAAAUUUCAAUAAAGAGAAGGAUGGAAAAUUAUCACUUUCAAAAUAUGAAGACACGUUCGGAAGGAUGCAGGAAGCUAAUAUAAUUGAAAAUUUCAACAAGAGUUCAAUCUCCCUUUUGAAAUUUAACCAAUUUGAAAAUUUCAGCUAUGAUAAAUUAAACAACAAUCUAAUACCCUCCAUUCUCCAUAAUUUGAAUGAUUUCCUUAAAUAUAAUGACUUUAUCAAAUUUGGAAAAUAUAAUUGGUAUAUUAAAAGAAUAAUUCCUAUUGACUCAGUCAUUCUUAUGUUUAUCAUAAUCACGGUGAAAUUCAAAUACGAAUUCAUAAAUAUAAAUGAACUAUGCAUAUAUGUCAAAUUGAUAAACAAAACACUAUUUAUAAUCAAUAGGAAAUAUUUCAAAAAUGAAAAAUAUAAACGAAUGUUAUCAUUGACUAACUUAUCAUGGGAGUACAUACUCAAGAGCUUUCAAAUUAUUCAAUUAAUUUCCCAAUAUCAACCUGACUCAUAUUUUGAUUAUCAAAUUACUAGUUCAGCUAACAUGAAUGAAUUAUUUAGUGUAAUGGAUGUACCACAACCUGAAUUUACUUCACAACAAGUUACUUAUAAUAAUAACGUUGGUCAAGGUGCUCAAUUGGCCGUUAAUAGAAGUUUAUCAAAUGAAGUAAGGAAUGAAUUGAUGAGUUUAAAUUCUAAAAUUCAAUAUGAUUUACGUAAUAAUUUUGUUGAUGUUAAUGACUAUUGUGCAUUUUAUUCAAGUUUGGAAAAUAUAUUAAGUGAGUUGAUAAAUUAUAUAAAUGAAUAG